CCGCGUCCGCCCCGCCCCGACAGGAUGCCAGCCGAGGACGUCUCCGGCUACACACUCAUGGUCGCUGGCCGUCGCACCGGCAAGACCUCCUUCCUCCGCCUGCUCUUGGACACCUGCAGCGUCUCCUCCUCAGUCACCCACGAACAGCUCGCGUCCGUGGCCAAGUUCGUCCAGGGCUGCAGUGGCCACACUGCGCAUGUCCGGUCCGUGUCUAUCGACAUUGACAUGGCGCCUGACGAGGCAGAUGAAGAGCUUCCCCUCACCCUCACUCUCAUCGACACACCGUCUCUGGACUUCGACGACGAGCCUUCGUCCCAGCGCACCCUCCAGGAGAUCCUCCGACAUGUCGAAUCGCGGUUGGGAGAAAGUCUGGACGACGAACGCAAAGCCCUUACAGGCUCCCACCUUGUGCAUCUAUGUGUGUAUUUCCUCGAUCCGGACUACAUAGUACCACCCUCCGUAUCAGCGCCACCCGUCCCACUUGUACCUCGUGCACGUACCAACAGUCUCUCUACUCAUGAGUCUGAACAUGUCAUCCUGGAACCACCUGUCAGCAACAACCCCAUGCUCUGUCGUCCAAUCCUUCCAGCCUCCGACAUCGCCGCCAUUCGCCGAUUAUCCGCCCGCGUUAACGUCUUGCCUGUCCUCGCUCGUGCAGACACUCUCACGACUGACCGUCUCACCGCGGUGAAGAUGGCCAUUCGCAGAGAUCUCGCGGAGGCUGGUAUCGGCUUCGGCAUCUUCGACCUCGACAUCCCCCUGUAUGCACAGCUGGAGUCCAAGGUCGCGAAGAACAAAUCCGAGAACGGCUUCAUGAAGCACCACCUCAACGGCAACACUCACUCGCCGCCCUCUACGCCGAUCACGCCGACACUCUUGCGGCUGCCGUUCUCUUUGAUUUCUCCGGAUCUAUAUUCGCACAGCGACGGGGUCAACCACAACCAGCUGUCCCGUCACGAGCUUGUGUACCAGUACGCUCCUUCGAAACGCACCAACGCCAAAAACCAGUCCACCCCGAAAACCGCGCUCGGCAGGUUUGUGAGGAAUUAUCGGUGGGGAUCGCUCGACGUCAUGGACGCGAGCCAUUGCGAGUUCCUCCACCUCCGUGGUGCUGUCUUCCAUCAUAUGGAGACCUUGCAAAAGUACACUCGGGAGUAUUUGUUUGAGAAGUUCAGGGCAGAGGUGCAGCCUACCCCGCCACCUGCCAUUCAACCGCCUCAGCAGCCCAGGCGAGUGGAAAACCGCCUGCCGCACAUGCACGGCUCGCGUCCGAUCCUAGCCAUCGACACCGCGCCAGCCCAUGCGAACGGGAAUGGCCAUGUGCCCAUGCAGCGCUCAGGCAUCGUCAACGGUCACGGAGAGCAACUAUCCGCCCAAGUCCUCACCGCGGCCACAUUGGCGGAGCUGUCUCCGAAGACAAGCAUGUCCUCCAGGUCUCAGCGCCAACGUGCCAAGAAGAUAACGGUCGCAUGCAAUUUCUGCAGGUCACGGAAGCUCAAGUGCGAUGGCGGCAGACCGGCAUGCGGACAGUGCUUCAAACGUUCGAACGCGUGCGACUACAGCGCAGGCAACAAACGCCGCAACUCUGCCAAGGCGCGGAAGGAGUACGGCAGCGACAGCGAGGGUGACAGCAUCGAGGACGGGACGGCCGACCUGGACCACCACCCUUCUCAUUCCCCCGAGCUCUCGUCGUCCGCGCCGCACUCCCGAAGAAGCUCGAACGUCAGCAUGCUGCUGACGGACACGCUUCCGCCGCUGAGCGCUGCCGUCGAGCCACGCGAAGAGGCGUCUGCUGUCCUCCCUCCGAUCAAUUCCCAGGCUGCUGCUGGAUACGGCAUGCCCCCUGGAUCUCGCCGACCGUCGAUGAACACGGAGCUGCCGCCGAUCGCAACCUUGUCGGGUCCCGGUCCGCAGGACGAGCCCCCGUCGCUUGCGGCGCUUAAGGAGGUCGAGGCUGCCGCCUCGCGGAGGCGCACGUCGUCAGCGAAUGCCGCGCUGAACGGUGGUGGUCGCCGCGGUGGUGGUGGGUCGAAGAUAGUUGCCUGCAACUUCUGUCGAGCUCGCAAGACAAGGUGCGACGGAGCGCACCCCACGUGCAGCAGCUGUUCGCGUCGAUCGCUGCGGUGCAACUACGUCAAUGAUCCGACAAAGGGGCGCGCGAAGAGCACCACGAGUGGCGGCACACCGCCUGACGCGUCCACGUCUGCGUCUGCGUCGUCGCGCUCGUCGCCCGUCGCGUCGUCGUCCGUGUCUGUGAGCGCGUCCAGCGCUCCCGAGUCGGUGGGAAGCCGGCCCCUGAGCUCGUACGGAUCGGACAUGAUGCAAGCCCCGGCGAAGAAAAUGCGGCUCGCGCACGAGCUGAGCGCGCCGACGAUCGCGGUGCUCGCCGGGCAUUGAGCGCGCCCGCGUGUGCCCGUCGACGGACGUGCGAGGUUGCGCGAUGUGUAACUGUAUCGUCCUCCGUGUGUACGCUUGUCCCCCUCUUUUUUUGUUUCGCUCGCUCUUGUUCUCGUAUCUCGUCCAGUUUAUGUGACAAGCCAGGGACCGUGCUCGGAAACCUCUGAUCCGAUUCUGUUUGGUAGACCGCGCAUACGCGUAUGAUCAUAUCCCCCCGACGUCUUGUUUUGAUUCCCCUCCCCAAGUACGAUGACCCAGCAUUUACCCUCAUUCCCGUUCUCCCUUGUUGCACUUGAUAGUUGACCGACGUCUGCUUGCUGCCCCGACUCUCCCUCUCCUUGAUUCUCGCAUCUCUGUUUUGGGUCUUAUGCUCGUUCCGCACCGAACCUGUACUAUAGCCU